UUUCCCGCCGUAACUGGCCGAAGAGUGUUGGAAGAGCGUUGGAUCGUGCUUUGAAAAUCAAACUAUGCAGCUAGUAAUGAUUUGAUCCGCUGUUGACGUUGGAAGUCCGUUUCUCCUAUCACCAUGUCAGUUGAGGCAAAGCCAUCUGUUAAUGGCAUCGCUCCUCAGUCUGGGGCUGGUGCUGGUUUUCAUCAUCAUCUCCCUCAAAUCCCAACUGUCAACAAGAAUCCCAAAAUAGCCCAAAGCAAGGCCAGCGUCAAGAACCCAGUGAAUUCUCCCGAGAAGGAAGAUGCCCAGACUGUCAAUAUUGUCCAAGUGUCUGAAGAGGCAAAAGAGGACAAAUCAGAAUCAGCAGCUAACCCUCAAGACAAGCCAGCCGAUGUUCCAGCUGAAGCAGCUGAAAAGCCUGAAGAAAAGCCAAAAGAAGUUAUUCGACAACCUCCAAAGAAGUCGCGUCAGUCUUACGAGCUUGCUGCCCAAGAAACGGCAGUUGUGAGUCGUGAGAAAAGGCAAAUCAAGAAGAAAGUCCCUAAGGAUGAGUUGUUCGCCAGCGAAAAACCUCAAAAACCUCCCAAAGCCGAGACCGCAGUCACACCUAAACAACCUGCACCAGCAGAGGAUGCAUCAGGAUGUCCUUCAAAGUAUCUUGUCGGUGACCUGUUGUGGGCCAAGGUCAGUGGUCACCCCUUCUGGCCUUGCAUGGUCUCGUAUGACCCCUUCAUCAGCAUCUUUACAAGAGUCAGAGUAACUGUGAAACAGAAAGCAUUGCGAUCAUAUCAUGUGCAAUUCUUUGGUGAUGAAGCAGAGAGAGGCUGGAUCAAUGAAUCAUCUGCCAUUCCCUUUGAAGGGAAAGAACGUUUCUUCAAACGUGCAGAAAAUUUAAUUGAAAAUGCACCCAAAACCAUGAAAGGCAAGUUCAUGCAGAUGUACAAGGUGAAUACAUCACGUCGCCCUGCAUGGGAAGUGGGCGUGGCUGCUGCAGAAGAGGCAUACAAUUUGGAUAGAAAUGAACGCAAGCAACAGUUUACGUUUGUGUAUGAAAUCCCAGCUGGCAAGGGACCCAAAACUCCCAAAACAUCUAAAACGCCUAAAACACCUGACUCGAAGAAAGACGAGAAAGCACUGAAACAGAAGCGAGGUCGGAAGAGAAAACAGCCCGAAGAGGAAGAAGAAAACCCAGAACAAGCUAGUCCCACUUCAAAGAAGCGAAAAGUUUCCGAUGUGGAAACCACGAAGAGCCCAACUGUACCACACAAGGUGACCAAGUACGAGGGUUCAUUUGAAAGCUUCUGUCACAAGCACCGGGAUGGCGUGCUGGACGAUCAUCCUGACUAUGAUGAUGAGCAGGUAGUGGAGUAUCUCCAUCAGCAGUGGAGUAUGAUGACAAAGGAGCAGAAGGCGAGAUACACAUCCAAAUACACUGGGGCCGACACUGAAGAAAAACCCACACCAGGCAACAGUGCGAAGAGAUCUCCACGAGUAAGUAGACCCUCGGUCAAGAAGCUAGAAGCGGAAGAGGGCAAUAAACUCUUUUGUGAGAUAGUGGCUAAGAAACAGAAAAAGAGUCCUCGGGAGAGGAAAGGAGAAAGGAGUAGUGGCCGACCGGUGAGGGAGACGAGGCGAGUUAUCAAGAUGGAUUUGGAUGAGGCUGAGGGCGAAACUGAACCUGAGGUCAAGGCCCUUCCUGGGUCAGAGGUCACAGAUGUAGCACCCGAGGAGGAGAAGAAGGAAGAAUCUGGGCUGCCACCACCACCACCACCACCACCACCAGUUGAACCGGCGAAGUCACGGAGAGGUCACAAGAGCGAUGUGGUCAGUAAUGGAAGCGAGGAGACGACCAUCAAAAUGGAAGUGGAAGCCCCUGCUUCUGUCCCAGUGCCCGAGGGAAAGAGGAAGCGAACUGCUCGUGUAAAGGUGGAAUGUCAAGGUCACAGCUCAGAUUCGGGGUCAGACACACAGGUUGACGUGAAGCCCAUCAAGACACUGAAGAUGCCAAAGGAUGUGGAUCCUGACUUGGACUUGGAAAUCUUCAAGCUAAAUGCCAGUGACAAUACCAAGCGUGAACCCAUCUGUCUGAUCUGUGAGGACGUGGGCAAUCUGGUGGAGUGUACUGGACCCUGUCAGGGUCAUUUCCAUGUGGAUUGUCUCGGCCUCGGACAAGAACCAACAGGAGAUUUCAAGUGUGACGAGUGCCAGUCAGGCACCCAUGUGUGUUUCUCCUGUAAGAAGUCUGAUGGAGAAGUGCGGCGGUGCUCGGUGUCCCAGUGCGGCCGCUUCUACCAUGAGGAGUGUGUUGUCAAGUACCCCCAGUCCCAUGUCGAGGGCAAGAAAUUCACCUGUCCCUUGCAUGCAUGUGCCACAUGUGUGUCAGAAAACAACAAGAACCCAAAGGCAGCCAAAGGUCGUUUGUAUCGCUGUGUCCGCUGCCCAACAGCGUACCAUGUUGGGGACUUCUGUAUUGCUGCAGGGAGCAAGAACUUGGCAGGACUGAACAUAGUGUGUAGCAACCAUUUCCAACCCAAGAAAUCUCAGGCUCACCAUAGCCAUGUCAAUGUCAGUUGGUGCUUUAUAUGUAGCCAGGGUGGCACACUGUUGUGUUGUGAGAGCUGCCCUGCAGCAUUCCAUGCCCAGUGUCUGAAGAUUGACUUCCCCCAGGGAAGCUGGUACUGCCAUACCUGUCGAAGUGGGAAGAAACCUCUCUAUGGUGACAUUAUUUGGGUCAAGCUUGGAAACUACAGAUGGUGGCCUGGAGAGAUAUGUCAUCCACGGAAUGUACCCACAAAUAUCCAGGAGAAGCCGCACGAUGUUGGGGAGUUUCCAGUCAAGUUCCUUGGAUCUAGAGAUUAUUUCUGGCUCUACCAGGGCAGAGUGUUCUUGUUCCAAGAAGGGGACAAAGGAAGCAGAGAUUCCACAACAAAGGGCAUUGCUAAGAUCUUCUCUAAAGGGGUGAAGGAAGCGACUGAGGCCUUCAAGAUCUGGAGACAAGCCAAGGAGAACAGAGAGCAGAUGGAACAAGAGAGAAAUGACAAGAAGCCAGCUCCAUUCAAGUUCGUCAAAGCAAAUGUUCCCAUUGGAAACGUGAUGGUCCAUAAAGCAGAGUUAGCGAACAUCCCAAGGUGUGAAUGCACUCCGGACAUGCCCAAUCCCUGUACCAUUGAGGCCAACUGCCUGAACACAAUACUCAUGUACGAGUGCCACCCCUCAACGUGUCCAGCAGGGGAGAAGUGCCAAAACCAACGCUUUCAAAAGAGGCAGUAUCCUGAGUCAGUAAGCUUCAAAACCAGCAGCCGAGGAUGGGGUCUGAAAACACUAGAAGAUGUCAAAAAGGGUCAGUUUGUGAAUGAGUACGUCGGUGAUCUGAUCGAUGAAGAGGAGUGCAAGAGAAGAAUAAAACAAGCUCAUGAAGACAACGUCUCCAACUUUUAUAUGUUAACUCUUGAUAAAAAUAGAAUAAUUGACGCAUGCCCGAAGGGUAAUCUGUCUCGCUUCAUGAACCACUGCUGUUCUCCUAACUGUGAGACCCAAAAGUGGACAGUGAACGGUGACAUCAGGGUAGGGCUGUUUGCUCUGAAGGAUGUCCCUGCAGGAUCUGAGCUGACGUUCAACUACAACCUGGACUGCUUGGGUAAUGACAAGAAGACCUGUGGCUGUGGAGCUCUGAACUGCAGUGGCUUCCUAGGAGUCAGACCCAAGACGGCAGCAGCGGUAGCCAACGAGAAGCGAUCAAAGGAGCAGCAGAAGAAGAAACGCAAGAGGAAGAAAAUGGAAGUGAAGAAGGAACACGAGGAUGAAUGUUUUAGGUGCGGAGAAGGCGGCGAACUUGUCAUGUGCGAUAAACCCAACUGUCCGAAGUCCUAUCAUCUACAGUGUCUCAACCUAGCCAAACCACCACAUGGUAAGUGGCUGUGUCCGUGGCACCACUGUGACAUCUGUGGCAAGGUGGCCAAGAAGGUGUGUUCCGAGUGCCCCAAUUCAUUCUGUAACUGUCAUAUUGAAGACAACAUUUUCAAUUUGGAUGGAGCUCUCGUGUGUUUGGACCACAGUGACAUUCUCGAAGGCAAAACGUGUGGUCCUGUAGACAAUAUGUCUGAAACAUCGGCAAGUGAUUCCUAUGUUGAUGCAGCCUCGGUGAAGGAUGACAAAGACUUUGCAUGUGUCAAAGACUUUGAAGGCGAAGAAAUGGACACCAAUGUCAAAAGUGAGAAGGAGAACUCAGUGAAAGAGAAUUCCAUUUCCCGAAUCUGUACUGAAGGAGAGUGACAAUAAAACUCCAGUUCCACAUCCAGCCAAAUCAGGUUUGACUGUUGAAAGAAAACCACCCGUGGGAAGUUACCCUCGAAAUCUUCCCCAACAACAAGAAAAGCGAAAGUAUAAAACUGUUGUGAAUUCGGCCCGUAAGGCCAACAUCCGUGCAAAGUUGCCUACGGAAAAUGACAACGGACAGAAAGAUGACAAAUCUACAAUACCUAAAGCUAACUCAGGAAACAGCAAGGGUCGAGGACGGCCGAAAAAGAACAGUGGAAAUGCAUUGCCGGAUACAAAUAUUAAGGACGGGCUGCCGGUUGCACCAUUGUUCGAUGAUAGUGAUGAUGAGCAUUUUAAUCUAGUGAUUGACAUUCCCAAAUUUUAGACAACUUCACUUGUUAAUAGAAUCACUCAUAGGUUUUAAAGCCGUUUUACAGCAGUUGAAUCAUCCAGUAUGGAGGUCAGGGAUUCAGAUCUGACAUACAUCUGAGAUAACAGAACUGGGGCCUUGAAAAUCAGACCCCAUUUGACAGUGAGGAGUAGGAAAUGACAAAUGAACUAACAUUGUUCAAAUAACAGUUGUAGAGAAGAUAGUAUUUAUCCUCAAUUCACACCAAACAUCCAUAGAUACUGGCCAGUGAGGUACUGAAGUGGCAAGUGUUUGCUCGCUACACAGAAGACCUGGCUUUAGUUCCCUUGGGAAUAACAUGGGAAGCCAAGUAUUUGGCUUCAGGAAUUUCUUUAGGGGUGUAACGCAAGCUCCACCUCAUCAGAGCAGUAAAAAAUAUUACUUUAUUACGCUCUCUGCUUCAGAGAACAACAAGGUCAGAAAUUAUAGAACUCUGAAGGUGGAUAAUUUAAUAAAUAUUUUGUCUGUACAGCAAAAUUUUGCACUUACUAGGCAAUUAAUUUGUAUUAACAUGUUUUUGUCAACAGCAGCUAUACCUUCUACCCCAAGAACAUUUGUCUAAUUUGUACAUAGCCCUUGCUGAAGAGUGAAGUUCAGGGCCAAAUUGUCUUAUGUGAGUCAUUGGCCCAUCUGGUUCUGCUAUCUUCAGUUACCAUGGUAACUGUAUCCUAUUCAAUCACCAUGUUUCAGUACCUUGACAAUGUCAGGCUAGAUUUUAGAAGUUAAUUUAUUUCCUAGGCAUAGAAUACUCAUUUCCAUUGAUAGUGUUUUGAUUUUCAAGGGAAAAUAAGCAGAGGAUGGGUAUAUAUUGCAAUGUUGGUCCCAAAAGAAAGGAAGUAUUCUCCAGGAUAUGGUACACAGUUGUUAGUAUUACUUUGCUUUUUUCAGUAGAAGCUGAGUGUCAAAUUGUUUCAAGGUACUGUCACAUGUUUUGUCAUACAAACCCAUUUGCAUUGAAAAAACUCAUUUUAAUCUGUGUAUUAUAGUGUUGAUAGUGUAUGAAUAUGUACUUGUAUAUUUAAGACUGAAGUUUCAUUCUUCAAACGUAGAUGAGAUGAUUCCUGGUCAUUUCUCAUUGACAAGUCACGCAUGAACAAAAGUAAUUGUCUGAAACUGUGUGCCUGUGAACAAAUUGUCAUAGUUAUGUCUGUCUUUUUCUUGAAAGGACAAAUUUAGUUGUAAUUUGCCUUUCAAAUAAUUCUUUGAUUUUGUAAGGCUGUUCUUUCUCUAUUUUUAAGAAGACCAUGGUAUUCAGCAUCUUUUGUAAAGGUCAAUUGGUUAAAAUCUGAUCAUUCUUUCCUCAGUAUUUUCUUCAUGGGUUUAGCCUUGUUUUUGUUUGAAUGAAAGGACCAUGUUAAAUGUUUUGUAAGAAUAUGUGUUCAAAAUGCGGUAUAACAUAUACUGCCCUUACGGGAGCAACACUGCUGGGUUUCUAUACUGUUCAUGAUCAAUAUAAACGUCAGAAUUGCACAGAUGAUGAAUUAUUGUCAUCCAGUCAGUAAUAUCUGAACAUCUCUACCCUUUUCUUUGGGCUUAAAAAUUUGAAUAUAUAUUUUUCCAUGCCAAUUUUAACAAAUUUAGUGCUCUGAACAUAUAAGAAAUGAAAUAUGAUAAAGAGUCCACCUGCCCUGCAUUCUUUGUUUAAUGCUCUCUCUCUGGUCACAAGGGUACAAUCUGAAACUUUUUGACGGAUACGUUUGAGAUCUUUUAACUUGUACCGUUCAAGCAUAACUUUUCAUGCUGAAGACCCAAAGUCCAAAGACUUAAUGUGAAUCUGAACUUGGUGAUCCUGGGCUAGAGUUUUUGAAAAUGAAAUGUGCCCAAAUACAUAGAACAGAUGUAGAGCAAAUUUUAUGUUGCAUUUGAAUUCAUUGUACCCAGUUCUUGACGAGAAGUAUAACGGUCCUGUAAUGAAAGUAAUUUUGAAAUUCCUACAGCACUUGCCACGAUUUCCUAACUUCACAGGACUCUGAUAAAUCCUAUACAGACUCUUUAGUGUAAAACCCUACAAUUAUUCGAAUUUGCUACCUAUGUAGGGUGUAUUCAUAUACCUGAUGUGGGACAUCUUUCCAUGAGAAAACACCAAUUCUAUGGGUAGUUUCAUGGAAGUAUAAUUUGAACUUUCCGCCCAUUUCCUAACACUUGUAUUAUUUUGUUCUUGGAUACAAUGAAUCAAUAAUGUGCUCUUUGAUGUUAAGUAAUGCAACAUGUAAACUGUAGGCAGGGUUUGAAAGUCAAGGGGACAUUGUCAUUAUGUUAAAAGUUAUCUAUGGGGUCUAUAGAUUCAAAUACCACUGAAGACCUGAAACACCACACAAGUCCAUGUUAACAUUGAUGAGGGAAAAUAGGUAAAUAUACCAGCUUCACGAAAAUCAAGUAUUUGAAAUUUUAAAGGAAGCUGGCAUUCACUCCCCUCCCCUCCUCCCAUUGGAGGAAUGUUGAUCUUCAUCAGCUGCUGAGACUGCCUUUGUAUGUUUGUUUCUUACAUGAACAGUGCACUAAGUUUGUUGAAUAGAGUAACUAGUAUUUUUCUGUGUAACAGUUGGUAAUAACCGUGCAUCAACUGAAUAAAGGGUAUGUCUGUGCCAGCAUCCAUCUUUUUUCACAUGUAUAUAAAGCAAUAUUUAAUUGUCCAGGUUGGGGUUUUAUCCAGUAUCAGCAAUGGAAAGAUUUCAGAACAAAGUAUUUGGAUAAAACCCUGCCAGUCCUGGGGAGUGUACAGUUUCUGUCAAUAGUACAGCUGACCUGUCCGACGUGUUAAAACAAAUUUUGUUCAAUGUUGAAAGCCCUAAAUAUUUUAGUUCUUAAGCAAUGGAUCAUUAUGAUGACAUAAGCAUGUUUCUUGAGAAAUAAUUUCCCAAGCUAAAAUGGAUAUCUGAAAUAUAUUUUCAUGGCAAGUUGAAUAUGUCCAAAUUUGACAAAGGUUUGUAAUAAUAUUUACUGAUCCUUAAGAAAAAAAAACUUCAAACAAAUUGCUAAAUUUCUUCCAUUGGUAUGAAAAAAUGGAGGGAAAUUUUUCUCAUGAAACAGAAAGCAUAGAUCUGGAGGGCUUGAACAGCAGUCGAGAGAAACACAGGUUCAUGAGCAGCUAAGUCCGGAGUGCUUUUGUUGAAGGCACUGAACUAAGUUAUCUGGAAGUAAAGGGACCAAAGGAGAACCAUGAGGUAAUGAGUUCCAGAAUGAGGAAGCAUAGAUCCAGAGACUGGUUAACCUGGAGACUAACUUAAGAGUGUCAUACUGUUCUUCUUGAAAGAAGGUCUGCUACUCAUGUAAUUUGCUGACAUGUAACGCCUGUAUUUUUGUUGGAUGAUGUUAUUUGCAUAUCUCUCAAAAUGGCCUAGUUGCAAUCCUGUGGAAUUAAGAUGUAUAGAGUCCUGCUAGAUUUAAAGUCUUGUUUUGAACGGCAUCACUAAAUUGCUUCCGGAUUUGAGCAAAGUCUGUAUUUUAUCUCAUGUCUUUUUUCAAUGCUUUCCAAAGUGUGUGAAAGGAUUAGAGAAGUUGAAAUUAAAUGCUGUCGGUGGUCCUAAAGCUUUCUGGGGCAAGUAAUUCAUGGUUUUAGUUAAGUGUAUAUCUUUGUAGUAUUAAAUUGUACAUAAUUGUGUGGUCAGUGUGAAAUUCUCUUUGUCACACAAGGUCUUUGAAACUAUAGUGUCUGCAAGAACUCCUCUUCCAUCAUGUGAACCAAGUAAAGAAUCUUUGAGUUUGACACACUUCUUUGGCUCAUGACAACCUGGAGGGAUGCCAGACGUUGCUGAACUUUCUCGAGGUCUCUGCUUUUUAGCAAAAUCAAGCUUGUUAAUUGUUAACGUUUUAAAGCUCGUUGAUUGCAGGGGCAAUGCUGUCAUGUUGGUUUGUAGACUGUGUAAAGAAUGAAAUAAAUGGAUGAUUAUGAAAUAAA